AUGGACGGUGGCCAGACCUCUUCCAAUCCCGCCCCCGCUGGGAACUCCAGUGAUUUUGUACGCAAAUUGUACAAAAUGCUGGAGGACCCAACCUACGCGUCUAUCGUACGCUGGGGCGAUGAAGGGGAUAGUUUCGUGGUCUUGGAGUGCGAGAAAUUCACCAAGACCAUAUUACCUAAACACUUUAAGCACAGCAACUUCGCCAGUUUUGUACGCCAACUGAACAAAUACGACUUCCACAAGGUGCGACAAAACAACGAGGAAAAUGGCCAGUCGCCAUACGGACAAAAUGCAUGGGAAUUCAAGCACCCCGAGUUUCGCGCAAACAGCAAAGAAUCGCUUGACAACAUUCGACGAAAGGCCCCCGCCCCCCGGAAACAAACCCAAAGCAACGAAGAGUCCGUACCCACACAACAAAUUGACCUGCUCAAUCAACAGAUUGUGGCCCAACAGCAACAGAUUCAGCAUCUCUCAGACCGCUAUGCCCAGCUCUCGGUGGAUCAUCAGCUCAUGCUCCAGGAAACCAUGCGGGUCCAGAAAACAGUUUUGAACCACGAAAACGUCAUUCAUCAAGUGAUGAACUACCUACUAUCGAUGGAUCGCCAACGACGGGAUAGCAAGGCUGUGAACUUCCCACAAGCCGGAACAACCAUGAGUCCCUCUCAGGUCGGCACAGGGGACGAUGAACCUUCAUCGCCUCUCCAGCAGGCCUCAAAACUCUUGAAUGACAUGAACGCGGAACUCCAAUUCAAUAUGAAUGGCGUCGACUCAAUGAACGAUCCCCAAAAGGCCACUGUUGUUUCAACUCCCACAAUGGAUCCGAAUGCGCGCAAUGGCUCGCUUCGUCCACCAAAUGCCGCACCUCCCAACCCUAACCCAGCGCUCGUUUACCCGAAGAUGACUGGCGAUCUGGAGCAAGUGGUGUAUCCCGUUGGUGCCACCAAUGGAAUCGACCCCAUGUACAGCGAACACAUCAACAAUGUUCCUUACCCGAUGCCGCCCAAGCAAGAAGUCGACCCUUCGGAUGCCCGUCGGCAAUUCCCUGACAACCGGAAGAAGACCAACAAUGUUGAUCCUGGCUGGGUGCGCAGUCCCCAGAUUCUCUUAGUUGAAGAUGAUGCCACUUGCCGGCAAAUUGGAGGGAAAUUUCUCUACUCUUUCUCUUGUGUCAUCGAUACCGCGUUUGAUGGUUUGGAGGCUGUGAACAAGAUUCAGGGUGGUUCCAAAUACGAUCUCAUUCUGAUGGAUAUUAUAAUGCCAAAUUUGGAUGGCGUGUCGGCUUGUCAUCUUAUUCGCCAAUUUGAUCGCACUCCUAUCAUCGCUAUGACUUCCAAUAUCCGAAGCGACGACAUUCAACUGUACUUCCAACAUGGAAUGGACGAUGUUCUUCCCAAACCGUUCACUCGCAAGAGCCUCCUGGAUAUGCUCGAGAGACAUCUGGAUCAUCUCAAGAUCUCGCCGCAGAACCCCCCAGGGAUGGAGCAGGUACCACCUUCUGCAGCCACCGUAACCAUGGCAGCUGCCGCUCAAAACUCAGCAGCACAUUCGAUCAAGGAAGACAGCUCCCCAGGCCAGUCGCCUGCGGGGUCGAUGAACAACUGGCAAUCUCCCGGUCAAUUCCAGAACAUGCAGGCCGUUCCACCAAACAUGCCCGCAGUCCAAGGCCAAUAUGUUACAGCUCCACCGACGGCAUAUACUGUUGAUCAGAAUGGCGUCCAAUAUCCAGCCCCUGCAACUCAAGUGGGAGUCCCUACUGCCGGGGCUCCUGUCCGCCCCCCGCAUCGCCGCCAGAUUUCAGACAUGUCUAGUGCUACUGAAAACCCCAACAUGCCAAAACGCCAGCGUAUGUACUCUCAACCACAACCGAUGCUUGCUGUGCAAGCUGGCCGACCGGGCUAA